AAAGGAAGUGGCUGGGGGAGGGUGAAGCUGUGCAGCAGCUGAAGCCUGAAGUGGCCUCAUCAAGGCUUGGACCCCAGCGCCAUAUAUUGUCAGCUAAGAGACACUUCAGCUGGCAACAGCAGCGGUGUCUGAAGAUAAAUUCUGCAGGUUGUUUUCUACAGGAAAGCUGUUCUUUCAGAGGAGGAAGAUUACAAAAACCCGCUGCCUGUGAGGCUUAAUGUGGAUUUUGGAUUCUUUGGAGGGAAAAGGAGGCUGGAGUACCCUCUUUAGGUGGAUCACGGUUUUUAUUUUAUCCAUCCCUCUGGAAGCAUAAGGAGUAGACACUGGCUUUCGAUGACCAGGAGGUAAAAAGCUACGCUGUUUUAUUCUGUGUAAUCGAGAGUCACUAUAUUCAACCUCCUGUGAAAGGACACACUCAUAGCAUCAUCAGUAGCCUUGGAUCCAGGUAUCAGGUUAUAUCAGUCUGGUCCAUCUAGGUAAGGCUACACCAAAACCAAGAGUGACACUGAAGUAAACAGCAGCUCAGCAGUCCCGAGUUAAAGGAAAAAGAAGCACUUCCUUGGAAAAGCAAAAAAAAAAAAAUCCUGGCAGAGCUCUCUCUCUUCCACCAGCCCUGCACUGUAAAGCCUGAUUGAUCCCACAUCUGCGGGCUGCCACAGGUGGCUGCACAGGUAUUGGCUACUCAAUAAUGCAUCGACUCAAACUUGAAAAGGAGGAGAAAGUGCGCGAGCCUCUGAUCCCCUGAAAAGCUGGGUGUCUGUUGAGCGAAAGCAAGCGAUUACUUCUGGAUAACGCAGUGCACUGAGACGCGUGGAAGUGGAAACUGUGAGCAGAUGUUGAGAAGGAAAAGAAAAAGAGAAGAACAUGACUCUGACAAAGUGACAUUAGGGCAAAGACCAUAGGACGCUUGGCCAAACACAAAAGGAAAAGUGAAGAACACUUAAAUAAAAACGACUUGGAAGACUGAUAUUAAGGAAAAGAUCUUGUCAAAGAAGCUAAAGACAGAGAACAAAUUAAACAUUUUAAAGAAGCUUCACAUCCAGUUUUUUCAUCAUGGUGAACACCGGGAUGCAGCUGAUCAGCUUCACCUGUGCAGUGACAGGCUGGAUCAUGGCGAUCGCUGUCACAGCCUUGCCUCAGUGGAAGGUCUCAGCCUUCAUAGGCAGCAACAUCCUGACCUCAGAGAUCAAGUGGGAAGGGAUCUGGAUGAACUGCAUCUACCAGACCACGGGCCACAUGCAGUGUAAGACUUAUGACUCCAUGCUGGCUUUGCCUCCCGACAUCCAGGCAGCCCGUGCUCUUAUGUGUCUGGCCAUCUUCAUGGGCUGGCUCUCCUGCACUGUGUCCUGCUGCGGCAUGAAGUGCACCACUUGUGCCGGGGACGAUCGCCAGGCCAAGGCGGGUAUAGCGCUCUCAGGUGGAGUUCUCUUCAUUUUGACAGGCCUGUGCGUAUUAAUUCCAGUUUCCUGGACUGCCAAUACAGUCGUCCAGGAUUUCUACAACCCCAACGUGCCUGUGAUGCACAAAAGAGAGUUGGGCCAGGCUAUUUAUCUGGGCUGGGCGGCUGCGGUUAUUCUCAUGAUCAGCGGAGCUGUGUUGAGCAGCACCUGCCCACUCAUGGAGAGGGGCGGCAGGUACCGGAGGGGCUACAUAGGCCGGAGUUUUGCAAAUUCACCUGCUACAGCACCAGAUCUCCCAAAGCCUAUCACUUCUAAUAAUUUACCACUGAAGGAGUAUGUGUAGGAAAGGAAGAAGGAAAGAAGAGCUGAUACUCUUAAAAAUGGUACAAAGAUCAUGAAUUUUAAGGUAUAAAUUUAAACAUAUAUUUAUGAAUACGUAUUUUGUAAAUCUCUUUGUCAUGUUUGUCUUCAGUACG